UAAAAUAUAUUUAUUUUUAAAUUUUAUUAAAAAAAAAGGAAAGAUAGAAGCCCUAGAAAAGCUUCGUCGCAUCUCUCAUAUCUCUUUUCUUAAUCGCAUUUCUUCAUUUCUAUUCUACGAAGAGCGAACCAGUGAUCGGAAUUUGGAGAUCCUUGGAUCGUGCCGGGGGAUUAUCUUCAAUUCGAGAUCUGGUUAAGAAAAAGCGGUUCACGAUAGAUCGGUUGGGGUUCUGGGGGGCUCCGGUUGCGUAUGGUUUAUCUAGAGAUCUGGUUUUGAAGGGAGUGCCGUCUGGCUUGGUAUAUUUACCGUGAAAAUGUCGAUGCUACCACCGAAAGGAGAUAUUCAAAUUAGGGAGGUAUGGUGCGAUAACCUUGAAGCUGAAUUUUCUCUGAUUCGGGAGAUUGUGGACGAUUACCCGUACAUCGCUAUGGAUACGGAGUUCCCGGGGAUUGUUCUUCGUCCUGUAGGGAAUUUCAAGACCAGCUCUGAUUACCAUUAUCAGACCUUGAAGGCCAACGUUGAUAUGCUGAAGCUUAUCCAGUUAGGGCUGACCUUUUCCGACGAGGCUGGGAACCUUCCUUCCUGCGGGACUGACAAGUACUGCGUCUGGCAAUUCAAUUUCCAUGAGUUCAACGUCAGCGAAGAUGUGUUUGCAAAUGACUCAAUUGAGCUGUUGCGCCAGAGCGGGAUCGAUUUCAAGAAAAAUAACGAGAAAGGAAUUGAUGCGCAAAGAUUUGGUGAACUCUUGAUGUCUUCGGGAAUUGUUUUGAACGAUUGCGUGCAUUGGGUUACCUUUCACAGUGGCUACGAUUUUGGAUACUUGCUCAAGCUCCUGACGUGCCAGAACCUCCCGGAUACCCAGGCUGGAUUUUUCAACCUGAUCAACAUGUAUUUCCCCACCGUUUACGAUAUUAAGCAUCUGAUGAAAUUCUGUAACAGCCUUCACGGUGGGUUGAACAAGCUUGCGGAGCUCUUGGAGGUGGAGAGGUUUGGUAUUUGCCAUCAAGCAGGGUCUGAUAGUUUGCUCACUUCAUGUACAUUCAGGAAGUUGAAAGAAUCUUUCUUUAAUGGCUCAACCGAGAAAUAUGCUGGUGUCUUGUAUGGUCUCGGUGUUGAGAAUGGACAGAAUACUCAUUGAAAUGAAAAAUAAAAAUUAAAA